UAGCUUGGUGAAGCAACUGGUCGUAUGCUUCGGACGACAUCGCUUGCAACUCGGACGACAUCAUUUUUCCACGACUUGGCCCCGAACCUCCAGUCGGAGCACCCCCCUCGCCUACCUUACUUAUUGAAACUACCCCCUUAAGCUCCCACAACAAACAACUACAUCUGUUCUCGGAUAUAAUGGAGGUGUUGAGCAAGGCGUCCCGAGUGGCCACGUCCAAGACUGCGCAGCGGACACUUGUGAACGUGAGCCUCCUCGUGGGCACGUCGCUAUUUCUGCUGCCCUUUGCUGCUAUCGCCUCGAUCCUUUUUUUCCGCGACUACCUCCCUGAGCAAGUAGUGACGACCCCAGUUCACCUCCAGUAUGGAUCAGGUGCAAAUCCCUUUGGAACUGCAUCUAUCCCGACGUCUGCUCUGCGAACGCAACAGGAGUAUGAUGUGUCUGUCACGUUGUCUAUGCCCCGUUCGCCUGCCAACACGCAGCGAGGCAACUUUAUGAUUGCCAUCCACCUGCUGGAUAUUGGAGCCUUGUCGACGGGAAGCGACAAAAUACAGCCUCAUAUCGCUCCUGAACCCUAUGCCCAUUUCGACGGAAAGACAGUCCUUUUGUCUUCAAGGCGGCCUGCUUUGGUGCCAUAUCAAGAUCCAAUGGUGUCGAUAGCGUCGCGAAUCCUCUUCCUAGCCUACCAUGUUUUGUUCUCCGAUUCGGAAACUUGCGUACUGACCGUACCGAUGGCCGAGCGCGUUGAGUUGGCCAAAGGCUCCUCCUUACCCGCUUCAGCGUACCUUGAACUUCAGGGCGGCCAGGAUAUCGAGACGUACUCUGCCUCGAUAACGCUGACUGCUCAACUACGGGGAUUGCGUUGGCUGAUGUAUAACUACCGCGUGAUGACCCUGACCGCUGCCGUCCUGUUAUUCUGGACAUCCGAGAUCAUUUUCAUGGCGGUGGCAUGGCUGGCAUGGUCUGGGCUCUCAAGAUCGUCACAGGGCUCUGGCAUCGGCAAUGGAGGAAUCGUGGAAAAGUCGUACAAUAAGUCGAUGGGUCAAGUCAAGCGAGAGGAUGGAAGUGGCAUCGAUGAGCUGUCGGAUGCCCCGAGGACCUUCCCGACCUAUGGUAAUCAGGCUCCGUUACGAUAUGAGCCUGAAGUCAAAGAUGAGCAGCAUGCGGGGCCUCGUAUGGAGGACCUGCUCCCGCUCGGUGGCGAGGCCGACGAUGAGGAAGAAGAUGACGGAAGGGGCUUCAGAGGGGAUUCGGGCAUUGGAACGAGUUAUAGUGAGGGAGGUUCCAGUAGUGUGCGGCGGAGGUCAUCGCAUAGAAGUUGAUGAGGGAGUGCGUGCUGUGGUGGUAUGGUUGCUGACCUCUUACUGGGGUCUGGCGGAAGUACCUGGAGGGAGCAACACGUCGGGAUAGAAAAAAUCAAGAGGCUAUUGAGAGACGCCGCCGAGGGUUCGGCAUUCACUCAUUAAAAUGUUUGUAACCAAGCUGCUUGCGUCGACUUCCUUGGAGUGC